GCAAAAAUGACGCCGUAGUUUCUGACAAGAAACUACGCCUUACAUGUGAUAAAACCAAUGUCUGGCUUUGAGAUCGCCGGUGCCGUGCUUGGCGCUCUCCCGAUCGCUUUCGCCGCUUUCGGGAAGUUCCAAGAAGUCGAGGACAGUUUCCAUGUCAGAAGAGAAUACAAAGAAUGCGAAUACAAACUCAGAUGCUGCAAAGCAUUUUUCAAGACUCGUCUCAGGAUAUUAUUAUCAGACUUAACUGAGGAUCAAGAUAGGAUAACAGAGUUGUUAUCAGAUCCGGGGGGUCACUGUUGGCAUGAUAAGAACAUUGCAGAUGUCCUCAUGCAUCGAUUGGGCAAGGACUCAUACGACCUUUUUAUGGAUUGUUUAAAGCAUACCAGAAAAAGCCUGAAGGACUUCGACGAUGAACUGGCGUUGGAAGCGGACGAAAUACAAGACUUUCUCCAAAAACCAAAAACCCGAACGUCGAGGACUCGCCUGAGAGAAUUAGCUACGAAAGACAACCUUCGAUUCCAAGCAUACAAAUUAAAAUUCAGCAGUAGGAGGAGCAUUCGCUCAAAACUGUUCGAAAAGCUCAAGGAAUAUGAUUCUCAGCUAGAAGGAUUACUGGAAAUGAGUGAAAAGGAGCCAGCUGCCGUUAAAGAUCAAGGGAUAGCCUCAAAAAUUGAUGAUUCAGCCUUAUGCAACUUUUGGAUACAAGCUGAUGCGUUUUUCAAGGCUCUUGCAUCCGCAUGGUCUUGCAAUUGCCACGAUCCACACAUGGUGAAGUUGUUGCUAGAACAUCGAACUAGUAAAGAAAAGAAGUUCAAUGUCCUAUUUGCGACACAAUUACACUCAUACUGGGACGUACAGAAAGUACUGAUGGUUGGAGGUAAUGAUAAUCGAGUUCAAUCAUUGCCCGCGAGUCAUACUGGCGUCACAAGUGUUACAAUACACGAGCCGCAACAUAAAUCUAGCAUUCCUAUCAGGUCAGUAAUGGGGGAAAAUCACCCCAAUGCCAACAAAAAGCAAGGACGAUCAAAGGCAGUUCGAAUGCUUCCACCGUCCGAGACCCAUAUUGAUUUUGAAGAUCCAAUCUCGAGCCUCUGUGAAUCUUUGAUCAAGGGAACUGGAAGCGUUUGUGGCUAUCUUUCUGAAGACGACAACCGAUACUACGUGCAUAAAGUAUCUCAGCAAACCUACAGUUUUGUCACGAUAGAUCAAAUACUUCGGAGAGAAACAUCACCACUUCCUAGCCGUCGAAAGCGAUAUGAGCUCUCAUUUAUUUUAGCAUCUUCGUUUCUACAGCUUGUUGGUACCCCUUGGCUUCCCGGGUCAUGGAAAAAGUCGGACAUUGUCUUUAUCAGCAAUGACAAGAACGCCCACAAGAUUAUUCUCAACCAACCUCAUCUCAGGCGCGAUUUUAUGGGCAAUGUCAGAUCUAGAGAUGAUCAGAAUCUGCACGAACUACCAUCCGCCGCAAGUACGAAUGGCAGAAGUACAAAGGCUUCCCGAUCACUAGAACUACUAGGUAUCAUUCUCCUAGAGCUAUGCUUUGGUCAACUACUCGAGAACCAACCUCACCGCAAAGAUGAUUGGCCGCUCGGAGAAAAUGACACCCAAAAAGAUUUAUUCGAUGUUAUUGCUGCGCAGAAAUGGAACGAUGAAGUUGAAGAAGAAGCGGGAAACGACUUUGACCAGGCAAUCAGAUGGUGUCUUGAGGGGCACCAUAGCACCCCGCCUGAGAAAUGGAGGCAUGAGAUGCUGAGACGGGUCGUUCAACCGCUUGAGAAAUGCCACAAGUACCUUUCUCAAGGAUAACGUUGUUUCAAGGUUAUUUGAGAAGAGGCGUUCAUGUACCGCGGCCUAACGGGCUUGUCGAUAUUAUUUUACUUGGAAUAUAAUGCACGGGAGGGAGAUAUCUUGUAUGAUAUGAAUCAUUUUUAUCUCAACUAUGUGAC